GGUGCAAGAUGGCUAAUACGUUGAGAAAGUCUGCAAAGUUCGCUUUCUCAGGGGUGUUAUCUCGGGUGUCCAUUCACAAUGGACAUGGGAGGGUCUCAGUCUCGCCUUGCUUCUCUUUGCAACAGAGGAACAACUCAACUAAAGCGAAGGUCAAGGUGGAUCUGGACAGCAGCACCGGAGUGGCCGUCCUGGGGAUGGAGAGUUCCCCGGUCAACAGCCUCAGUCUGGACUUCCUCACUGAGUUCUGCAUCAGUCUGGAGAAACUGGAGAUGGACAAGAGCUGUAGAGGAGUCAUCAUCACCUCGACCCUCCCCAAGGUGUUCUCAGCAGGGCUGGACAUCAUGGAGAUGUAUGGGAAGAGCCCGGAGCGCUGUGGAGAGUUCUGGAAGGCAGUUCAGGAGAUGUGGCUCAAAGUCUAUGGCUCUGACAUGGUUACCAUAGCAGCCAUCAAUGGUUCCAGCCCAGCGGGGGGGUGUCUGAUGGCGUUGGCCUGCGACUACAGGAUCAUGGCUGACAACCCUCGCUACAGCAUCGGACUCAACGAGACACAGCUUGGCAUCGUGGCUCCCUUCUGGUUCAAGGAUACGAUGAUAAACACGGUUGGCAACCGGACAGCUGAAGUUGCGUUGCAGCUGGGUCUGCUCUACAGCGCUCCUGACGCCCUGAAGAUUGGCCUGGUGGACCAGCUGGUCCCUCAAGACCAGGUCCUCACAGCUGCUCAGGAGAACAUGGCCAAAUGGCUGGCGAUACCAGACCCCGCCAGACAGAUCACCAAGUCCAUGAUGAGGAAACAAACCAUUGACAGGCUGCUCUCAAACAGAGAAGCCGACAUCACCAACUUUGUCAGCUUCAUCACUAAAGAGUCCAUCCAGAGGUCACUUCGCAUGUACCUGGAGAUGCUCAAGGGCAGAAAGGCCUAGUCUGGGCUCAAACCACAGCCUAUUCCCUUCAAAGUGCCCUGGAACACUCACAUCCUGGUCCAAAGUAGCUAACUAUAUUGGAUAAUAGUGAAUGAGGGCACAUUUGAGGAGUUACGGAGACAUUAUUAGGAUGCAGCCAACCCUUAAAUACAAUGCCUAACCAAACAUCAUGUGAAUUUACACGUUGGGGGUCCUCAGUAGCCUGAAAAGGCUCCCUCUCCUCCUGUCCAGUAACUGUGACGUUCCCUGUAGUGCACAGCUAUAGACCAGAAUCCUGGUCAAAGGUGUCAUCCUCCAUAGCGAGCCCCUCCCCUCAGCAUUAAACUUGGAGGAAUUUAAUUGGCCUGGAUCUUGUGGGCGGGAACAUUCAGAAGGUCAGAGAAAUUAUUUACUGUAGUGUAGUCCCUCCUGUUUUUGGAUUUCUGUCCCUUUUCUCAGGGCUUGUUGUGAAUACCCUGAUUGACCUUAUCAAGCCGUGCAACGACCUCUGAUUGUUUUGACUAAAACCCACAAGACUGUACGGAGCUCAUACUUCGCCUUUGCCUUAGUCUGGGAACAAAAUACUGUGUUAUUGUUAUUUGUUGAUUUGACAGUAAACAUGUUUUCAACACC